CCAGCAACGCAAGCAGACAUCGCCGUCAAAAUAACCUAGAACUGCAAGAAGCUUGAAAUACACACCGUGUGUUGUACAUGUUUCAACAUCAAAUCGAUCCAGGAAAGGGGCUCAUCGCACCAAAGCCACACCAUGACGGAAUUUCUGCCACUCUGUGAUGUGCUGUUCAAUGUGAUCUCGCUGGCCGGCUACUUCUGCGACGUGGUGUUCGAUGUCGUCCUCGGCUACGCGCUGUACGAGCGUCAAAAGUUCACCUACUUUGCCGCUGUCAUAGUGAUCGUCACCUUCUCACUGGUUAUUUCACAGAUCGUGUCCAUUCGGUGGUACUUGAACAAGCGAAAAAUCCGUAAUGCUACAGCGUCAACGGCUGGGCCUCCCCUGGAUGUCGAAGGAGUCACGGGCAACAACAGUCUUGAAAAGAAGAAGAAAAAACAAAAUAGUCUCAACUCGGACUCCAACAACGGCAGCGACGGCGAUGGCAACGGAGGCGCGAACGAUGCUAACGGACGUUACUCGCAAUACAGUCGCUACAUCGUACUGGCCCUGCACGUGACACAGCUCGGGGUGCUCUGGCGGUACGCAAAAUUGUUCGUUCCGGUCGACUUGCGGCACGUCAAACACGAGGUGCGCGAUCUCUGCAUGCUCCGGCUGGUGCAUGCGUUCUGUGAGGCGGCUCCGAUGCUGCUGCUCCAGUUGUACGUCCUCGUGACGCUGCAGAAUGAGGCACAACUUGCCAGCCUGAAGCUGAAGACGCUCGGUCACCAUCUGCCCGCCAGUACCGCGCUCGUGCAGCAGACUAAUCUGGCCGAGCAGCAACAGAAAACGUUCCGCGACCUCAACAUGGUGUCGGCCACGCUUUCACUGUUCAGUGUCUGUUGGGCGCUGGCCAGUUUCAGCAAGAACGUGCGCCUCCAGAACGUACACCGGCUCGUGCUGACCUGGCUCGGUGUAAUCUUUCAGUUUCUCUGGCGCCUCGGCACGGUCAUCUCGCGCGUCAUUUCCCUCACGGUGUACGCGUCCGUCUACAGUCAUUGGGUGUUUCUCGUUAUCAUACUACACUGGUUUUCCAUGUUUUUGUGGUUGAUUUCGCCGAAAAAUGUAUUCCACGGUGAACGCAUUUCGCGGUUGAAGAAAACGACACUCGGUGGACUGAUUGCAUUUGUGUACAUCUUCGCGUACAUUAACCUGCAAGCGGUGCGACAUCGACAAAAGAUGCUCACAUUCUACGUGGUGAUGUUUGCGGAAAACUGCCUGCUCGUGUGCCUGUGGAUGGUAGGCGUGUGGACCAACCGGCCAGAAGGGUGGUACAUGGUACCGGUCUCGGUACUGUGCAGCUUCGCCGCCGGACUGUUCUUCAUGGUCGUGUACUAUCGGUAUUUCCACGUGCGUCGUCUCGGCUACGAGGCGGGUGGCCGUGUGGCGGAAAAGUGUUCCCCUUUCUGCCCGGAAGGUUGCCGGUGCCCGGUUGGACACGACGGUGCCUAUGACGGGGGCGGAGGCAUUGGACUUGGGGGCGCCGGAGUCGGAUGUAAGAACGGGGGCAUUAGUUUGGGAGGGUCCGGCGGAGGGGCGCACAUUGGAGGAUGUGGCCAGAAGUACCCUCAUGCGAUACCGGGAGUGUUCAACUGUCGGUUCUCUAAUCCGGUAAAUGCGGCAACGAAGCGUAAGAAGAAGAAACCGACUACGUUUGUGCCACCGCCGAAUCUUGCCAUUGCCUCCUCGAAUGGGUCAGGAGUUACGGCGAAUGGAGGUGCCGGUGGAAUGGGUGGAGGAGGAGGAAUCGGUGCUGGGGGUGGGGGUGUCAACGAUCAAUUACUCAGACAAAGCCCACACCUGCAGCUACUGCAGCACCAUCAAGCGCACCAGCACCAACAGCAGCAACAGCAACACAUGGGUCCGAUGGCUAUUCCCUUCUGGAGGCGGCCACUACCCCGCUCCCACACGGGCGGAUCGAGUGAAAACGAGGGCAGCAGCGUCGGAUCGCGCGUAAACAUUCAACAGAAGCUGCAGGAGAAGAAACAGAAACAACUGGCGGAGCUGAAGAUCAUCGAGGAAGAAAUCAAACAGGGGAAGCUGGGUGGCCCUGGAGGUACCGGAACGCUCAGCUCCGGCGAUGAUGGGAAGACAACGUUGCCUCGGCAACCGAUUCCGCGCGCCAAAAAGCACAUCGACAUCGAUCCGAUCGAGUGGCGCACUUCCAGUCCGGACAUGGCGGAGAUCGUCGCUAACAAAUCAUUCAACGACCUGAACCUACUGCUCGCAGCGAACCUUGACGACGUAAACAGCCUGAACAAGUUCAACAGUAAUUACGAUCCGAUCUACAACAGCUUCGGACUGAACGGAAUCAACAUAUCGGCGUUGGUUAACCUCAAGGGAACUGCGGCGGGUGCUGGUGGUGUUGGUGGUCCGGGCGCAGGACUGGUGGACACUGGCGCUGCACAACCAACCUCGGCGGUUUCGACACUUGCAGGGCAGAACGUAAGCGCUGGCAAUCGCAACAUGUCUCCGAUUUCGUCACAAAUCUCCGCCGGCGAGAGCAAUUCCCUCACGCGUCAGGUUCUUCCGCGCGCUAAAAUCCUCCCGAACAACAUCCCCCGGAACCCGUUCGCGGAAAACUACCGAGGGAACUUUGUGAAUCUGUACGCGGACGCAGCAGCCAACACACCCACGGGUGUAGUGAACGGUGCGGCAAGUGCCACCAACAACGGCCGGGCGCCCUCGAUCAGUCCACGGACGACGGAAAUUGCCCAAUCGAACCGGGCGAUCCUGUACGAUGCUCACGGUCGGCUGUACACCGACGCAAACCACCCGCGGCAAGUGUCGGGCACGUACAGCAGCACCGAGAACGGGGCCGGUGCGGAAAACCUACCCUUCCCGUACAACGUUGUGCCACCGCCGAGAAGCAAACUGGACAGUCGCGGUACACCGACCACCCCGGUGCAAUCCGGAUCGGCCAGCGGUAGCGCGAAUAACACCAACAGUAGCAACAAGUCGGGCCGGACGGCGACGACGGCAACGAUGGCGGCCGUGAUGGCCAGCGUGGGUGGAGCGAGCGCAGCAGCGUCUAACGGAGCCGGUGGUGCAAUUAACAACCUUAACAACACAAAGCGUCAUAACAUGCAGCGUGCAAAGACACCGGAAAUUCUCCUCGCCCCGCACUAUCUCGAGAACUCGCGCAUCUAUUUCGAUUGGGUUGCGCGAGAGGCGGCCAACUUUAGGUUGCAAGAGUCGGAACGUGAUCCGCCAAUCGAGAGCAGUGGUGAUGAAAAUUUGGACAACUCUGGAUGUGACGAUGGCCAUAACGGACACCAUCGUAUACCAUCAGACAUCGACAGUCAGGUUUCUUUACCCCGAUCAUACACAUUACCUCGCGAGUUCAAGUAUUACCGACGAAACAAAGGUCGUAAGGUGAAAAACGAACACUUCAUCGCAAGCACGAAUAGCAGCGACGGAGAUGUGGACAGUGGAGACGACAACGAAUCGGAACGCCUGUCCAACCUAUCGUCCAGCUCUCAGCGGCAUUUGAAAAAUGCCACCCCCUGCACUAAUUUAUCCAAUGGGCACAAUACACCAACGCUCCACCAGCAGCAACAAUCGCAGCAACCACUGGUUCGGCAGCGGAUGAAUAAUUUAAACAAGAGCGUAGCCAUGUCCCCAACGACCGUCGGUGGCGUACCAUCGAUGUAUCCAAAUGGUGCAGGCGGAUCGCCGAGUGGAACGAUGCUGCUACCAAACGGUGGAACCGGUGGAUCGAACGUGUCACGGCAAACGUUGAACGCCACACCACAAAACCUGCUUCGAUCGUCAUCACCCCAACAACAGCCGUCCAUCGCCACAGCAAUUGCUCAUGGGUACAAUUUGAGUGCGGUAGAUCGUAGCAGCCCAGCGGGAAUGGUUCUGGCUGCCAACGGUGGCGUGCCGGGUCUCUCUGGCAAAGCGGCUGCCGUCCACAGUCUGGAUCUUAUCAGUGGCGUUGAUGCACUUAGUGGUGGAAUGCAAGCGUAUCACAAUGGUGGUGUGGCGGGAGGUGGAGGUGUCGGAAGGCCAACGCGGUUCCGAAUGUACGGCACCAAGAAUGGCAUGGUACGCCACGAAACAAAGCUCUGAUCGUUUCCAUCGUAACGGAACGAUAGAAACCGAAUACAUUUUAGCGGGUUGUAGGAGGUAACUAAUUUAUUUUUUGUAAUAUGUAAAAAACAUUAGAAAUAUGUUUGUUUUCAUGUUGUACCCUUUUUAACAAACUAUCUGUAACGUGCUAACUAAUGAUUAUGUGAUAUAAUUUAACCACACCGCAUGCAUUUGUCUCCGAAGAGGGAAGCACGAUGCAGCGUGGAAACACUAGAACAACACAAGCGUAUGCUUUUUUAAAUACAUGCGUAACACAGAGACUGCCAAACGUGUUUCGUAGACACGCCAUUAUUGUUUUUUAAAACGAUACAAUUCAUUUAUAAAAACUACGGAUACAAGCAGUAAGUGGAAACGGCACAUUGUGUGACAUUGUAAUUUAUAGGAAAAGUAAAAGCUGUUCAGUUGUGAGUAGUAAUUGGA